AUGUACGAUCAGUGCUUCGCCCAGUUUACAACUUGGAGCGACGAGUCUCGCAAGCAGCUCGCGGCGAAUAUCGCCAACUCGACAGCGACGUGGAAGGUGGUUAAUUCUCACUACUUGCCCUACGCUCACUACUCUGAGGCUGGAAUGAAGAAGUGGUUUGACAUCAUUCAAGACACGGGCGUUCACCUCUGGCUGAACGGCCACACUCACGGCGAGAACCACGACUACUCGUCCACGUACAAGGUUCACUUCGUGGACAAUGGCGCCGGCGGUGGCAUCCAGAAGGAGUCUGCGGCCGGCAUUCCGAGCUACGCCUCCAGCUACGUGGAGAACCUGUGGACGUACGACGGCCAGGAGUACGGCUUCUUCUCGCUCACUGCUUCCAAGGACUGGCUCAAGCUGCAGUACCACACGGCGGACGACAAGUGGUCGUACGCCAAGAGCUUCAAGGCUUCCACCAUAGGGGGCGUGGCGACAAAGCACUGCUGGUACGUGCCGAACGACGGCACCGAGGGCAAGGAGUGCUCUUCGUCCACUUCCUCCUCGUCCUCGUAG